AUACACAGUUAUGAUUCCACUGGCGCUCUCUACUCCACUAGAUUGAUAAAGAUUUUUGAUGCAACUUGAUAGUUUUCACCUCCUUGCCUCUCAAAACUCUUGCUUUUAUAAAGAAACACUAAGAAGUCAUAUUAGUACAUUCAUCAAUGGGGAGUUUCGGAAACAAAGCACCAACUUUUGCCUCAACUAUCUUGCUUUUCCUUGGUUUCUUGACUGUUUUUCAAGCGACAAACCUUGUAAGUUGUACUCAGCAACCCAUCAAAACUGUUGUUGUGUUGGUUUUGGAGAACAGGUCUUUUGACCAUAUGAUUGGAUGGAUGAAGAAUUCUAUAAACCCGAAAAUCAAUGGUGUCACAGGACAUGAAUGCAACUCAGUAUCAACCAAUUCCACAAGCCAAGAAAAAGAAUCAAUCUGCUAUACAAAUGAUGCAGAGUAUGUGGAUCCGGAUCCAGGGCACUCUUUUGAAGAUGUGGAACAACAGGUAUUUGGAUCAGGCUCCAUUCCUUCGAUGUCUGGCUUUGUUCAACAAGCACUUUCCUUGUCACUCAACCUCUCCCAAACAGUUAUGAAAGGAUUCAAGCCUGAAAAUGUGCCAAUUUACGCAGCAUUAGUACGCGAGUUUGCAGUAUUCGACAGGUGGUUCUCCUCAAUACCAGGUCCAACUCAACCGAAUAGACUCUUUGUGUACUCUGCAACUUCUCAUGGAUCCACCAGUCAUGUGAAGACUCAGUUGGCCACAGGGUAUCCGCAGCAUACUAUAUUUGAUUCAGUCUAUAACAGUGGGCUGGAUUUUGGGAUUUACUAUCAAAACAUACCCACCACAUUGUUCUACAAAAAUUUGAGGAGAUUAAAGUAUAUAUCUAAGUUCCAUCAAUUUGAUUGGAAUUUCAAGAAUGAUGCAAGGAAUGGGAAGCUUCCCAAUUUGACCGUAAUAGAGCCAAGGUACUUUGAUAUCGUGGGACUCCCAGCCAAUGAUGAUCAUCCAUCUCAUGAUGUUGCUAAUGGGCAGAUGUUGGUGAAGGAGGUUUAUGAGGCAUUAAGAUCAAGUCCUCAAUGGAAUGAGACACUGUUCAUCAUUACUUAUGAUGAGCAUGGCGGAUUCUAUGAUCAUGUCCAAACUCCUUACCUUAAUGUUCCUAGUCCAGAUGGAAAUAGAGGACCUCCACCUUCUUUCUUUAAGUUUGAUCGCCUUGGGGUUCGUGUUCCAACCAUCAUGGUAUCUCCUUGGAUUAAAAAAGGAACUGUGAUAAGCAGGCCAAAAGGGCCUACACCAGACUCUGAAUUCGAGCACUCUUCAAUUCCAGCUACCAUAAAGAAAAUCUUCAACCUCUCAUCAGACUUUUUGACACGUAGAGAUGCUUGGGCCGGUACAUUUGACUACAUUGUACAGGAUUUAUCUGUUCCAAGAACUGACUGUCCAACUAUACUACCAGAUGUCGUUCCUUUAAGAACCACAGAAGCGGAUGAAGAAAGAGGAGUGUCGCAAUUUCAGAACGAAGUAGUACAACUGGCUGCUGUUCUUAAUGGUGACCAUUUCUUAAGUAGUUUUCCUGAUGAAAUAAGCAAAAAAAUGAGUGUGAAAAAAGCUCACAGUUACGUGAGCAAUGCUGUAUCGAGGUUCAUAUCAGCAAGCAAAGAAGCUAUCCAAAUGGGUGCUGAUGAAUCUGCGAUUGUAGACAUGAGGGCUUCUCUCACUACAAGAUCCUCAAGUCAUAAUCGAUGAAGCAAUAAGAAGACAAUGUCAUAGCUAGUACUUGGUUGUAGUAAUGAACUCCAUAACAAAGCAACCAUUUAUAACCUUGAAAAUUGAAAUCAUAAUUUUUACUAUGAAAUGUAUGUUCUUAUCUGAAACAACAUGUGUGUAAACAAUUGCGAUUACUAUCUUCCUAGUAAACAAAUUCAAGUUCUUUCCA